AUGUCCUUGAGCCCAAAGCACUCCACUCCCUUCUCAGUCACAGACAUUUUGAGCCCGAUGGAGGACAGCUACCGGAGGUUUGGAGGUAUGGAUCCCGCCGCGGGGUGUCUCGGAUCCCCGCUGGGCGCCUACCGGCAGUCGCAGGUCUCCCAGCCCGGUAUGCAGCAUCAGCAGCAGCCGCAGCAGCAUCAGCCGCCUCAUCUCCACCACCAUCACCACCACCACCACCAUCAUCACCUGUCCUCCUCAUCUUCAUCAUCCUCCUCCUCCUCUUCCUCAGCCUCGGCCACCGCAGCAGCCGCGGCCGCCGCUCUGGGACCCGGCGGGCCCUAUCAUGUGCCCCACGGGGUGCCACAGUUCUCCGGAGCCGUCGGCGGGUUCUGUAACGGCGGUAUCGGGAACGUCGGAGACCUGCCGUCCUACCAGGAGACAGUGAGGAGCGGAGGGGGGGCCGCGGCGGCGUGGUACAGUAACCCGGAGCCAAGAUACCCGACAAUUUCCAGAUUCAUGGGCCCCUCCGCCGGGAUGAACAUGUCGGGGAUGGUGGGCAGUCUGGCCGGGAUGGACUCCACCGCCAAGUCCAUGGUGACGCUGCACGCCGCGCCGCGCAGGAAGCGGCGGGUGCUCUUCUCGCAGGCGCAGGUGUAUGAGCUGGAGCGGCGCUUCAAGCAGCAGAAAUACCUGUCGGCCCCGGAGAGGGAACACCUGGCCGGACUGAUCCACCUCACCCCGAACCAGGUCAAGAUCUGGUUUCAGAACCACCGCUACAAACUGAAGCGGCAGGCCAAGGACAAGGCCGCGCAGCUGCAACAGGACGGAAGCGGAGGUGGUGGUGGUGGAGGCGGCGGAGGCCUUUGCGCAACGACCCGCCGCUCCUCCUCUGUGUCCCCGGUCCUUUCCAAAAACGGUAAGAGCUGCCGGACCGAUACCGGCGGCUCCAACCAAACCGGGAACCGACAGCGUAGCUCGGGGGAGGCCAUGACGGCGACUCCGCAGCAGCAGCAGCAACAGCAGCAGGUGAACCAGCAGCAGCAGCAGCAGGUGAACCAGCUUUCGUCCACGGACGAGCUGGAGGAUUUGUCUCCCAGUCCGCCGAUGGGACUGCACGGUCAGAUCAACAUGACGCAAACGGACGCGGCGCUCAUUGAGUACACCAACAGCAUGAUCGGCUCCAAUUUACUGUACGGGAGAACUUGGUAG